AUGCUCAAAAGAAAACGCGGGAAAACUACAUCUCCUUUAUCACCAAAUAAAAGUACAAUAUCUAUAAGAAAUAUACCCAAAAAAACAAAGCUCAAUAAUCAUCACAAAGGAGAGAACGGUUAUGAACAAACAACGCUAAGCCAGACAUUCUUAAAGAAACCACCAGCUCAAUCCCCAAAACUUAAUAAACAAAUUCAGCCAAAAAUAGAUGAGCAAAAUUUCCCGCCACAAACUCUACAAACUUAUCGUUUAUAUCCCGAAAUUGAAGGUAUAAUUCGGUCAUAUCUCAAGGUAUAUAGGCCAUAAUAGGAGAAUAAAUGCAUUGCUAUUUAAAAGUCAAUGGUAUUUUAUAAUAAAAAUCAGAAAAUUAGUUAAAAUAAUAUAUCGAAAUUAGUAUAUAUAAAAAAACUUAAAGAUAAAAAUUUUUUUGCCCUUGAAGAACCUCAAAAAUCGAUAAUUAUCGAAGGGCCAAGUGGCUGUGGGAAAACAUUUCUAAUAAAAAGCUUAUGUGAAGAAUUAGGCUUAAGGAUUCUUGAACUUGGAGUAUCUCAUAAUCGAAAUAGUGCGCAAACAAUAAAAAUUUUAUCUGAAGCUACACAAACCUAUGCCUUGACCUCAGGGGAAGUAAAAAAUAUCCAGGGAAGUAUCAUUCUACUUGAUGACGUCGACAUAGUUUUAGAGCCUGAUAAAGGCUUCCACAAAAGUGUUUCAGACUUAUUAUACAAUAUAAAGCAAUUCACAUUGACAUAUUUUUAAUUAUUAUCUAUUUAUUCUAUAAAUAUAAGAUAAUUACAAUUAAAUUAAGUGUUAAAGGUGUUUAGCACCACUCCCAUAAGAGACUUGGCCUGACAACUAGAGAUCACGGAAUUCCUACCAAUUAAAAUGGCGCAGCAUAUGGACAGUCAUUCCAAAACAAUGUGGCCAUCAGCCCGGCUGCGCAUCUAACUCAGCCUGCUUGCUGUCAUCCUCACUUGACCUAGCCCCUGCGCGUGUUUCUCCUAACUCCCCCCCUCCGUGAGUGAACAAAAAAAUUUUGUUCACUCACGGAGGGGGGGUUAUUUUUUUUUUUUUUAAAAUUUAUAUAUAAAUUUUCUAAAAAUAUUUAAAAAAAUCCUAAUUCGCAAAAAUUUGGAAAGCAAAAAUUAAUUUAAUUUAUAAAAUUUAUGUUUUAAAAAGCAAUUCGUUUAAAAUUAAACAGAAUUAGCUCUAUAUUUCAUUAUACUAAUUAUCAUUUAUAUAUCAACAUUUUUGUUCACUCACGGAGGGUGGGUUUUUUGGCAAAAAAUAGGGAUUUUUCUAAUGGUUUUGUUCACUCACGGAGGGGGGGGAGUAAGGGUCACCUUCCUCGGGUGUACCGAGUGGAAAUCCCUGAAUCUCUUGAUUCCCUAGUUGUAAUUCCUUCACCUUAUAGGAGAAGCUAAACUAAAUUUCAGGACAGAAGUACUCUAAGUAAAAACCAAACCCUAUAAACUAAAUUCUAUGAGAAGAAAAAUUAGCAAAGCUAAUUUCUCUUAAAUCGGAUGCUAUUUUAUUUAUCCUAUAAUAUAACGUAACCUUAAUUUUUUAUAUUACCAUUUAUGUUAAGUACUAUAGGGUCAAAUCGGAAUCCAAUAAUAAUGACCUGCCAAUGCUCACCCAAAAUUUUCAGAUCCCAUGAUAACGUCAAAGUUUGCCGCAUAGAAAGAUCUCCAGAAAAAGUUUUUGGGUUUAUAAAAUGAAAGCGAGACGAAUUAAAGUUAAAAUUAAGCGACGAAGAAUUAGAAGUUUUAUGCACCCACACAAAAGCGAAUUUGCAUGCACUGCUAAAUGCUAUGAAGUUGAUUGUAAGUUUUAGAUAGAGACCUCUAGAUUUAAUUGGCUGAGACAAUGCAAGACUUAUCCCUCCUAACUCUGUGGAGAUUGUAAAAGAAUCAAAGGCUAAUAUGCUGGAAAGCGAAAUGCUGAAUUUCAUAGAAAAUAACUCGACCAGUAUAUACCUAGGAAUUGAUGAAUAUGUGAAUUGGCUUGAAGGACUUGAAGAAAUCGACAUUUUGAACUUAUUUAGCAAGAAUAUUCAAGAAAAAGAGAACCCAAUCUUAAAUGAAUGCUCGAUUUAUAGUGGCACGAUGGCCUAUAUGCAAUAUUUAAGCGACUAUUUUAUGAGGAAUCAAGAAAGCACUUGCAGAUGUAAGCUUCAAGAAAUUGAUGAAGAAAAAUCUAAUUUGACUAUUGUUAGGGAACAUUUGGCACAUAUGGGAGACCCAACUGAUUAUAUUGGGUAUUUUCAGGAAAUCUCGAAAAUGUCUUGUGAUGUGGAGCCUUCUUAUUAUCUACGGACUAAGCCAAAGCUGGCAAAUCUGAUGUCGAUAUUCUUGCAGAGAAACCCGAACUUGUUUAGGACUUAA